AUGUCUUUCAAGGUGCCCGACGACGACGACGAGAGCAGCCUGCUCUCCACGCCCGACCACAGCCGGCAUGCAAAGGGCAAAGGUCUCUUCGAUUUUGGCAACAUGCCUUCCACAACCCCAGCCGUCCCUCCUCCUCCCUCCCAUGCGAGCAGCACCCCUGCCGGCACACCUUCUGCCUCCUUCAUGGGCAGCUCUUUGAUGAAGGCUGUUGGUGCUAGUAACUCCAAGAACCCUUUCGCUUUGAGCGGUCUGGAGGACAAGACCCCUCCCGUAAAGAACCCCUUCGCUGCCGCAGGGUCUGCUCCCAAAGCCAACCCCUUCGCGCCCACGCCUCCGAAGAAUCUGUUUGCCGCGAAACAGAAAUCAAAAUCAAACGCUCCACUCGGCCGAUCCGUCCGCUCUAGUACGACGCGCAAGCCAUCGCGACUUAGAGAAGUAGUCCUUGAUGACGACGAAGAGGAGGAUGAGGACGAGGAUGUAGCGCCAACUCGGAAGGGCGCAGGCUCAUUCCAGGUAAACUACGGAAACGACUCGGACGAUGAUGAUGACGAGUCGGACAACGGUGAGGAUGAGGAAGAGGAAUACGAUCCGCCAGCUAGAUCAACCCGCAACCGCUCAGCAAAGGGGUUCAUGCAGCAGUUCGACGAAUACUCUGAUGGCGAAGAAGAAGGAGACGGAGGCGAGGGAGACAUGUGGCUCGACAUGGAGCACGACGAACAGGACGAGAAUGGCGAGGCAGUCGAUGAAUCCGAUUUGAUGAUGCUCCAGACACCAGCGGCAGAUGAGAAAGUCUUUAGGGAGGCAGAGGAUAUCUUCCGGGCUACAGCACAACGGUCAGGCGGACGAAGACACUCAUUCACGAUCGCUUCAAUUGCGAAAGAUCUCUACAGCCAAUCCAAUUAUGCGACAAUCACGGAACCUCCCGAGCUGAUACUUGACACCGAAAGCCUGAUCAACCGACUCUACAAGGAUGGCGUUGGAGCAGAAGAGGAUGAACAGAGGCUGGAUGAAACUUUAGCCGUGGUCAGUGGGAAGCUUACCGGCUUGUGGAAACAAUAUGUCGACACCCUGCCUCUACAAUCUGAGGAGCAUGCAGCUGAGAUCGGCCCCGCGCCUCAGUCUUCGCCGUUCGAGAAGGCCACAUUUCUUGCGACGCUUGCCCUCCAAAUACAUCACACCAGGACAGGCGAAGAUGGCAGAACCACGGAACCUCUCCCAGAGUCCCUAUUCCGCUGGCUCGCUGAGCACCACAAUCCCUACCCGACCCAGGUCCAAGAGGUAUUGCAAUGCAGGCCAUGCCCUGCCAGUCAUAGUAUGUUCUGGCCGACUGUGUGCAUGGCCCUGCUUCGAGGUCAGGUAGCCGAGGCGCAGACUCUGUUGGAAAAUGCGGGCUGGGAAUUCGUCAAGGCUAACCGCCGGGGCGAGCUGGAAUACUCUGGCCGCGCGCUUGAGAACGUACGAUUUGCGGCCCAGGACACAAUCAACAUGCUGGAGCUUUGUCCCGCCAAGAAGGGAAACUGGGAGAUCUCACACGACGAUUGGAAGAUCUUCCGCGUCAAGGCGCGAGGCGCGUUGGAUCAAUUGCGGCGAUUCGCGGAAGGCAAGAAUAGAAUGGUCAUUGACGACGAAAUGUCGGAUGGCUAUCAGUCUCUGACCGCGGCAGCCAGAAAAGCGGAGAGUCAAGUUCCUUGGGAGAUAUAUGAGAACCUGAACGUUAUCUUCGAGAUCGCUCUUGGCGCUCGAGACGUCAUCCUCGACACCGCGCAAGACUGGUGUGAGGCUACUAUCGGGCUUUUUGGUUGGUGGGACGAGAACCGAAGCAACAAGAGUUUCGAUCUAUCCAGGUCUCAGGCCCUCGUAAUGGGGCCACAAGCCAUGGGUUUCGAAGGAUACAUGGAACGACUCGCACGCUCUUUUCAGACAGCGGUGGCGUCUGAUUUCUCCUUCAACUCUCUGAAUGCCGUCGAAGUUGGCAUGGCUUGUGUCUUCGAGGACAACGCGAAGGCAGUCAUUGCUCUGCUGAGGACUUGGUCGCUUCCUCUGGCUGCGGCGGUCGCAGAGAUAGCAUCUCUCGGCCGCUGGCUACCUCAGCACCAGCCAUCGGCUCUCUACGCGUUCGAUGACCUAGAUUUAGAGGAUAUGGAAGUCCUUGGAAUAAACCCUACUGACCCGGAUGAGACGGAUGGAAUCAAGGACAACACACUGAUCCAGUACGCGCAAGAGCUGUCCAACUACAAGGAGUUGACCUCGGUCAGAGACAACUCCGGUGUGUCGCGAGACGGCUGGGAGGUUGCGAUCCAUGUGCUCGGUAGGAUGGACUCGCCACAACGAUCGGAGGAGACAGUUGGCGAGCUAGUUGAGAACAUUCUGGAAGAAAUGAAUGUCGAGUCCACUGAGAUGGUGGACAAGGUGUGGAGGCUUCUCAACGACCUUGGCAUGAUCCAAUUUGCCGAGCAGGUUGCAGAGCACUUUGGUGACCUUUUGAAAGAGACAUGUUUCCGCUACGGCGAGGCAAUGUGGUACUACGCCCUGUCCCAUCGGCCAGCCAAAGUGCGAGAUGUCAUGCACUUCCUCAUCGCCUACUCCCUCAUCCAAUCUGCCGCAUAUCCGCCUACCGCAGAGCUGGACGACCACUUACGCCAGCUCCUAAAGCAGCGCAAUACCACACUUGAACAGCUGGCGAAGCAGGAUCUCGAGGCAGCUGAGCUGCUCGGCAAGAUGCUUGCCGGCUAUGCGACACUGCGCAAAUUCUACGAGACCCGGGACGACGAGUCGCUGCCCUUAGCAAGGCGACAGAAGUCAGCCGUAGCAGCCCUAACAAUCGUAAUUGCCUCCUCCGAUGAUAAUAUUCGUGGCGGUCUGUACGACGCAUCGCGCGAUGCAAUCGUUGGCGAGGACUUUUUGCUGGCUCUGCUCGGCGAGGCGCUUGUGUUUGUCGAUCACAGCCAGCAUGGACCCGGGUCAUCGCCGCUGAUUACGCUUGAGCAGCUCGACGUCUUGCUCAAAGCAGUAGAGGACAUACAGAGCGUGGGCAGCAGGGUUUACGAGACGUGUAAGGAUUUCUUCCAGCUGGUGCUUGCUUCUGCUCCCGCGCUGCUGAAGGGCUCCACGCCGGCGGAUCUGAUGAAGAAGUCAUCAGACAAAGGCAGUAUGGUGCUGACGGGAAGCUCGAUGCUGGCUUCGCAGCUGCACCGGUCUGUGGCGGGUGGAUCCCCGGGGAAGAGCAGUGCCCUAGCCCCCAAGGGCAACGCGAGGAGGGGCUGGGACUGGAGGUCUGGGCUGGAUUACUCGACAUCGGCAGAGCACGUAUUGCGGAUCUUGAGACUUGGUCUCACAAAAGACUUGGCCAAGCUGUGGCUGGUAGAGGCGGAUGGUGGGAUGCUAUGA